AAAGACUCAGUGUUUCAGGAACAAAAGAAGAGCUCACUUGUGCAUAAGUCUAGUCGUAAUAAAUCAUUCAAAUAAUAUAAUGUUCCUUACGAUCUUCUUAAGCUCAAUUCUAUUACUAUUUUUUUUGCACUGCAAAAUAAGAUAUGGAAGGAUUGGAAGAAUACUUCACUGUCUUCCAGGACCAAAAACAUAUCCCAUAAUUGGAAACUUACUUUGUGUAAAGGAUUGUAGUUUGCUUGAAAAAAUUUGGGAACUAAAUAAUGAGUAUUUUCCAAUUUACAAAAUGUGGACCUUUAUAUAUUUUCUAGUAUUUGUACUUCAUCCGGAUGAUAUUAAGGUACUGCUGACGAGCACAAAAGCUAUUCAUAAAGAUGAAGUUUAUAACUUCUUGAGGCCUUGGUUAUCCUAUGGAUUGCUGACUAGUUCAGGUAAGAAAUGGCAAAAAAGGCGGAAAAUGUUAACACCCGCAUUCCACUUUAAAAUUCUGGAACAUAGUGUUACAACCUUCAACAAAGAGUCACACUGCCUAGUUGAAUCCCUCAACAAAGAGAGACAAGGAGACGCUAUUGUUAAAAAUUUAAAAACAUUCAUUACGCAACAUACACUAAACAUAAUAUGUGAAACAGCUUUGGGUACCUCUUUAAAGGAAAAGAAAGAAAUUGAAUCUGAGUAUCGUAAUGCUGUUCAUACUUUCGGAAAAAUCGUGACGUAUAGAUUAAUAAGACCUUGGUACUAUUUAGAUUGUAUAUUUGGACUCUCUCCACUUGGUCGACUUCACAAAAAAGUAUUGAACACAUUACAUAGAUUUUCAGAAGACAUAAUUGCAGAAAGAAAACGAUUUCACGAAAAAACUAAUGGAAAGUAUUUAUACCAAUUUGAAGAAACGGAUAAUAUUGACACUUCCUUUCAAAACUCGGAAGAAAUAAAUACAAAUUCGAUACAUAAGAAAAAACUCUCUAUGCUAGAUCUACUUAUAGCCGCUUCAGUAAAUGGUAAUCAAAUUGAUGACAAAGGAAUUCGAGAAGAAGUAGAUACUUUCAUGUUUGAGGGUCACGACACAACGGCAAUGGCAUUGAUCUUUGCUUUGAGUCUCUUUGCAAAACACCAAGAUGUCCAGCAACGUAUAAGAGACGAAGUGAGCACAAUUAUGCUUGAAGAUGAUUACAAUUUGACGACCGCAGAUCUUCAAGAAUUUUCGUACUUGGAUAGGUGUAUAAAGGAAUCACUCCGUUUAUAUCCAAGCGUUCAUAGUAUAUUUCGUACUUUAACUCAUGACUUGCAACUAAAUGAUUAUUUAAUCCCGUCGGGAACRAUAUGCWCUGUUCAAAUAUAUAGUGUACACAGAAAUCCAAGAUAUUGGCCAGAUCCCAAUGUUUUUGAUCCCGAUAGAUUUUUGCCAGAAAAUGUUAAAGGACAUUAUCCUUACUCAUAUAUUCCAUUCAGCGCAGGCCCAAGAAACUGUAUUGGUCAAAAAUAUGCAAUGUUAGAGCUUAAAUUGAUAGUAGCACAUAUAGUGCGAAAUUUCUAUUUGGAACCAGUCGAUAACAUUGAUGAUGUUGUAAUGGCAACAGAUAUAACCUUAAACCCUUCUAAACCACUUCGAGUAAAAUUUAUUCCCGUUAAAUAAUUAUAAUUUUACAUUAUAUUUUCUAUAAAAUCAUGUAUUUAUAUAUUGGAACACAAUUAUAGAUAAUCUUAUUGGGAUAGGUAGUUUCUUUUCGUUAAGGCUUUAAUAUUGCGAUAGGUAAAGACAUCGUUGAAAGGAAUCCUUUAUCUACAAAAUCUGAAUUCACACUACGUACGCUAGCUUACUAAUAUUUUAUAAUAAUUCUAUUUUUAUUUUUAAUCGCAAGUCUGUUUGAUAAUUAAUACAUUUUUUUAAUAAUCCUCAUGUUUAGUAUAAUAGUAUACAAUAUUGGACAAAAAUUUAAAAUAAGAAUUUUAAAUGAAAAUUAUUUUAUUUAGUAGGACGAUAUGUGAAUACCUUCAUAUUAGAAAAGUUCAAAUAAAAAAGUCCAGUUUGAACAGUGCCUUAAACUGGAUAUAAGAAAAUGCUUAAAUAUCUUAAAAACUAAUUCAACUUGUUAAUAUCUUAUUUGAUUUAAUAACGAUAAAUAAAUUUAGAAUCUAUGGGUAUAUUCGAUAUUUACGAAAAUUAUUUAGUGAUUUUAAGCUUCUAACUUGAAGUUGAUUGACGCAUGUUAUAUAUAAGUUGUCUGCUUGCCAAAAUAAUU